CUACGAUUCUUUCUGGCAAAGCCCUAAAAAGGAGAACCAGCUCUAGGGCAGGGGCGAGGGCGGUGUUUUGGGGGGCUGGAGCUCCGCCGCGUGCGCGAUCCGAGCUAGGAACAUGAUCAAUCUCUUCUCGGUGAAGAAGAAGCAGCAGGAGGCUGCGCAGAACAAUGCGAAUGGGAGAGCGCCGAUCAAGAAGCAGAGCCCUGGAGAGCUGCGCGUCCAGAAAGAUAUCACGGAGCUUAAUCUGGCCAAGACCACUUCGAUCACAUUUCCUAUGGGAAAGGACAACUUACUGAAUUUCGAGAUCACGAUCUGUCCCGAUGAAGGCUACUACCAAGAUGGAACAUUUGUUUUCUCUUUCCAGAUCUCUCCUUUAUAUCCACACGAGGCACCCAAAGUGAAAUGCAAAACAAAGGUUUAUCACCCGAACAUAGAUUUGGAAGGAAACGUUUGCCUCAACAUCUUGAGAGAAGAUUGGAAACCCGUGCUGAGCAUAAACUCCAUUGUCUACGGCCUCCAAUACUUGUUCCUAGAUCCCAAUCCCGACGAUCCUCUAAAUCACGAAGCGGCCGAGGUGUUGCGAGAUCACCCCAGACAAUUCCAGGCCAACGUAAAGAGAUCCAUGGCUGGGGGCUACAUCAACGGCCAGCACUUCACGAGAUGCAUCUAAUCUAAUGAUCCGACGGUCUAGGUUGUAACAUACCCUCUUUGAUUCGAACCCCGGACCUAUUACUCGUGUU